AGAUAUCAGCCGAAUCGUACUAGCUAGUCUACUGCAUGGAUGUAUUAAGAGAACGGUCUCCUGGAGCUGCUUAUGUUGUGCAGCAACCAGCGACUGUUUUGAACGAUAGGAGGAGACUGAAGUGUUUGUUUUCAUAGUAAACCGGUGAACGGAAGCCGCUACUUGUUCGUCUUUGAAAACACUGUCGUUUGUACUUGUCCGUUGGAGGAUUAAGUGUGUUUAGCUACAUGUUGUGCAGUUUACAGUGUUUGCGUGAAUACAUCCAACUGGCGAAUCGCAUCAGUUCGCCCGGAGGGUCAUCGUCAGCGACGACACCCUCUGCUCCGUUAGCGUCAACUGUUUAGAAAAUGACCGGAGAGAAGAUCCGCUCCCUGCGCAAGGAUCACAGGCCGAGCAAGGACGAGGAUUUACUAGAGCCGGAUGAGGAGGCUGCAACCGGGACGUUCACCGCCUCCAAGACGAACAACAAGAGCAGAGCGAGUAAAAUCUUCAGCAAUCACAAGUUAAUCAAGUCUUCAUCCACACAGCAGCAGCAGCAGCAUAACCAGCAGUCGCAGGUUAAUGCUAACACCAACACACUGUCAACAUCGGAUGUCAUCGAUGACAACAACAAAAACCCCAUCAUCCGAACCGGGCAGGACUUUCCGGUGCAUGAAUGUGUGUUUAAAGGAGAUGUCCGACGCCUGUCUUCACUCAUACGGACGCAGAAUAUCGCGCAGAAAGACGUCCAUGGAAACACACCAUUGCAUCUCGCUGUCAUGAUGGGGCACAAAGAGUGUGCCCACCUGCUGCUGGCCCACAAUGCACCGGUGAAGGUGAAGAACGCUCAAGGAUGGAGCCCCCUUGCUGAGGCCAUUAGCUACGGAGACCGACAAAUGAUCACAGCACUGCUGAGGAAGCUGAAGCAACAGUCCAGGGAGACUGUGGAGGACAAGAGGCCCAAGCUGCUGAAAGCCCUGAAAGAACUUGGAGACUUUUACUUGGAGCUUCACUGGGACUUCCAAAGUUGGGUGCCUUUGCUCUCCAGAAUCCUGCCUUCAGAUGCCUGUAAGAUCUACAAGCAGGGCCUCAACAUCAGAUUGGACACUACCCUGAUAGACUUCACAGACAUGAAGUGUCAGCGCGGGGACCUCAGUUUCAUCUUCAACGGCAAUGCCAUCCCCUCAGAGUCUUUUGUUGUGCUGGACAACGAACAGAAAGUCUACCAGCGGAUACACCAUGAGGAGUCGGAGAUGGAGACAGAGGAGGAAGUGGACAUUCUGAUGAGCAGCGAUGUGUACUCCGCCACACUAUCCACCAAGUCCAUCACCUUCUCCAGGGCGCAGACCGGCUGGCUGUUCAGAGAGGACAAGACGGAGCGCGUGGGAAACUUUCUGGCAGAUUUCUACUCUGUGAACGGCCUGGUGCUCGAGUCCAGGAAGAGACGGGAGCACCUGAGCGAGGAGGAUAUCUUGAGGAACAAAGCCAUCAUGGAGAGCCUGAGUAAAGGAGGAAAUCUCAUAGAGCAGAACUUUGAGAGUAACCACCAGUCCAGUCCUGAAACUGUCCUGUCCUGCUGGAACCUUGGGCCGGCAAGGAGGCAAUCUCUAACUGCCCCUUCACCCAACACUAUAUCCUGGUUGGAAUACAUCACUGCUGACAAUGGAAAAGCUCCUCAUCUAGGAAGAGAGCUGGUCUGCAAAGAGAGCAAGAAAAACUUCAAAGCCACAAUAGCCAUGAGUCAAGACUUCCCUCUGGGCAUCGAAUCGUUAUUGAAUGUUCUGGAGGUGAUUGCACCCUUCAAGCACUUUAAUAAACUCCGGGAGUUUGUUCAGAUGAAGCUCCCCCCUGGCUUUCCUGUCAAACUGGACAUCCCUGUCUUCCCUACGAUCACAGCCACCGUGACGUUUCAGGAGUUUCGAUAUGAUGAGUUUGAUCAGUCCAUUUUUACCAUUCCCAACGACUAUAAAGAAGACCCUAGCCGCUUCCCUGACCUUUAACCUCUCGAGCUGGAACAGGAAACAAACGUGCAGCAAGACAACAUUAUGCUACAAAACCUAUAUUUCGAAUUACAAAAGGAAAAAUGGAGGGAAAAAAACAAACCGCAGUAAUUGUUCCUUCACAGUUUAUGGAUUUCCAUCGCCCAUCCCAACCCUGAACACAAACCGCAGCAAGACGACCCGAAUUGACAUACAGGACUAAAAUGGCGUCAUCAGAGCUUAGGGAGGCCAACUGUGACGGAGAGGUCGACAUAUCUUCAUAAUAACAAAGUGUUUGGAAACUCUUAGAUUUGGUUAAAUCCAGCAGCCGAGGCAGAAAGUGCAACUAACUUGGAGCUGAGAGUCUGAACCUCUCAUCAGUGAGAGGGCAUUGAAGUUAAAAUGAGUGACAGCGGAGUAAGUGACUUUUCUGUAUAUGGGCUAUGAGUAGAAGACAAACAACCAGUUCAGUCGAUACUAUGUAUUUAAAUAUGUAAGUAAUGUUCAUAAAGGGAAUGUCUUUAACUUACCUGUAGUAAAGCACUGAUAUUACUGUGUCAGACAGGGAGGAAUUCCACAAAAAAUUAAUUUUUUGGUGUCACUUAAAAUUUGCAAUACUAAAAACCAGUUUUGGAAGUUGCAUUUUGUUUAGGUCAGUUUUUGUAGAAUUCCUUAAAGUGUGCGCGUGCGUGCGUGCGUAAAAUUGAUUUUUAUGGGCAUGGAGUAGCAUCACUGAGCGUUCACGCACUAUUUAGAUCCACUACAGCCACUCGGCAUUCAGUUCAGAGUUUAUAAACACUCAUUUUGUGAUACUCAACCCUUAAUCCUGCAUUUGAAAUAUUAUGGUUUCGAGGCAAAGCUAGAAAUGCUGCAGUUUUUAACGGUACCACAAAGUUUUCUCUUUAGUUUCUUUUCUCAUUACUCACGUGUAAGUGAUGAUGUCUUUUGUUUCAUACUACACCUUUGUAACAAUGUAACAAACUGUACAAUCGUGCUGAAAGAAGAGAUCUGGGGAUUGUACAGGAAGUAGAUAUUAGGGAAUGAAUGACAUUCAUGCCAUUUUUACACUAUAACAAGAACCAGGCUUUCCCCCUGCACAGAAUGUAAAUACAUGUUUUAUGAGCUUUUGUCUUUUAUGUUCUCUUUUCUUAUUAUUUGUGCUGAUGAGUCUAAGAUGCCCUUUGCAAGAGGAAGAGUUGUGGAUUUUUUUUAAAUGUAUCAUCACAAGUUAAUUGAUUUGUAACACGGUGGCAGUUGCUAUUUUUGUACAUACUUGUAAUGUUUUAAAGGAAAAAUGAAUCUAAUAAUUCUUCUGUCAUUAUUUCCCUUUCGACUAUAUCUGAUAAACCUUUUGAACCCCCUCCAGAUGUGUUAAACAAAAAUUCACCUCUACAGGGUGAAAAGCACAAAGCACCAAGCUUCCUCCUGAAAUUAAGUCCAGGUGUUGACUGGAGGCUGGAAUUGUUAAACUCUUAGGUGUUGUGCUCAUGUUUGUUCGUUAACUUGCCUGGCUGCUACUGGACUUUAAAAUGAAGGUGUACUACACCGAUGUGGUGGCUCAAAGUGUUGUUAAAUCAAUUAGCUUUUUUUACAUCUAUAUUCAGUAUCAGUAUAACCAAAUACAGUACAUUUCAUUUUUCACAUUCCCUUCCUCCUUACGGCAAGCGCAGCUAACGUUAUUGGAAGUGUGCCUCCUCACUUUCAACGCUCUUCAUUUUAUUUCAUGCUCCUCCCUGUUUUCAGCUGCUUGAAUUUUCCAUGUUUUCAGUAGGGAAUUCAUCUACAUGUCCGUUGUACAGCAAACACUGUUGUAUACGUCUGCGACACUAUUUUCAUAUAAAAUGUAUUAAAAUAAAAAUUCCACAUAU